AUGGCCAUGGUGACCGACUCUCCAAACCCGUCUCUCAGAUCCAGGACCACCGUGACCACAGAUGAGGACUCCUUCAUGAGCACAGCCAGCCUUCCCUGCAGCCACUUCCUGUCAGAGAACGCCAUCGCUGUGGCCCUGAAGUGUUCUGACAAGCCCGGCCCGCCGGCUAAAGGGGCCUUUUCCCUGCCGGAGGACAAGAGCAAAGACGGGGCCCGGUGUGAGAACCGGGAGCAGGGCUCCCUGGGCCGCGUGGUGGAGGACUUCUUCUGGAUCGGCAGCUGCAUCAUGGCGUUCUCCAAGUGGCGCCUCGGCUACAUGGUUUCCAUCGACUCCAUCUGUGAGGUCUGCGAGGGCAAACAAUCGGAGAUCUUCCAGCGGUACUCCGAGGGCAGCUUCGACCCAAACUGUUGCUUCAGCCUGUAUUAUGGCGAACACAUGGAGUCCCUGGACCUGGUGUCCGGCACCGGCGAGGAGGCCCGGACCUGGAUCACCGGACUGAAGUACCUGAUGGCAGGAAUCAGCGACGAGGACAGUCUGGCAAAGAGGCAGCGCACCCCUUGUUGUUUUUCUACGUGGCUGAAACAGACGUUCACUGAGGCCGAUAAGAACGGCGACGGCAGUCUGAGCAUCAGCGAGGUUCUUCAGCUUCUGCACAAACUCAACGUGAACCUGCCUCGACAGAAGGUCAAGCAGAUGUUCAAGGAGGCAGAUACAGAUGACCACCAGGGGACGUUGGGCUUCGAGGAGUUCUGCUCGUUCUACAAGAUGAUGUCGACCCGCAGAGACCUGUACCUCCUCAUGCUCACCUACAGCAACCACAAAGACCACCUGGACACGGACGACCUGACUCGCUUCCUGGAGAACGAGCAAAAGAUGACCAGAGUGACCAAAGAUCACUGCCUGGAGAUCAUCAACAAGUUCGAGCCGUGCUCCGAGAACCAGAAGCAGGAGGUUCUGGGAAUCGAUGGUUUUACAAACUACAUGCGCAGUCCGGCCGGGGACAUUUUCAACCCAGAACACUACACCGUGAACCAGGACAUGACCCAACCGCUGUGCAACUACUUCAUCGCCUCCUCGCACAACACGUACCUGAUGGGCGACCAGCUCAUGUCCCAGUCCAGGGUGGACAUGUACUCUUGGGUGCUGCAGGCCGGCUGCCGCUGUGUGGAAGUGGACUGUUGGGACGGCCAGGAUGGAGAACCCAUCGUGCACCACGGUUACACCCUCACCUCAAAGAUCCUCUUCAAAGACGUCAUCGAGACCAUCAACAAGUACGCCUUCAUCAAGAACGACUACCCUGUGAUCCUGUCCGUGGAGAACCACUGCAGCGUUCCUCAGCAGAAGAAGAUGGCCCAGUACCUGGUGGAGAUCCUGGGCGACAAACUGGACGUGUCCAACGUCCGAGCGGACGAGUCGGGACAACUGCCGUCUCCAGAGUCGCUCCGGGGAAAGAUCCUGGUGAAGGGGAAGAAACUUCCUUCGAACAUCGACGAGGACGCCGAGGAGGGGGACGUGUCCGACGAGGACAGCGCCGAUGAAAUGGAGGACGACUGCAAGCUGAUGAACGGAGACUGGAAGACGUCCGCCAACAGGAAGCAGGUGGAGAACCUGGCCAAGAAGAAACUGGACAGCCUGAUGAAAGAGUCCAAGAUCAGGCACCGGGAAGACCCGGACAGCUUCACCAUCGCUGCCCUCCCUCCCUCUGGGAAGUCCUCCGACAAGACGGACGGCAAGGGUAAAAGCGAUGAAGGGACGGACAGCGCCGGCGAGUCCAACCUCGGCAGCGCCAAACGUACGAGCCGCUCCUUCAUCGGGAAUUUUUCCAAGCGCAAGAAAAAGUCCUCCAAGCUGAAAAAGACGUCGAGCCUCGAAGACACUGACACGGACCAGGAGAGCACGAGCAGCGCCUCCCGCGCUCCGCUGCACCACAGCAAGAAGAAGAAAACCAUGAAGCUGUCCAGAGCUCUGUCCGAUCUGGUGAAGUACACUCGCUCUGUGGGUCUCUACGACGUGGAAACACAAGCCAACUGCAGCUGGCAGGUGUCCUCUCUGAGCGAGACCAAAGCUCACCAGUUGAUGCAGCAGAAACCAGCGUCCUUCAUCCAGUUCAACCAGCGGCAGCUCUCCCGGAUCUACCCCUGCUCUUACCGAGUGGACUCCUCCAAUUUCAACCCCCAGCCCUUCUGGAACGCUGGCUGCCAGUUCGUUGCACUCAACUACCAGUCUGAGGGUCGAGUCCUUCAGCUCAACAGAGCUAAAUUCUACAGUAACGGCAACUGUGGCUACAUCCUGAAACCUGCGUGCACGUGUGAAGGUGCCUUCAAUCCAAACCUGGAGGACCCGCUGCCUGGGCAGAUGAAGAAACAGCUGGUGUUGAAGAUCAUCAGUGGACAGCAGCUGCCCAAACCCAAAGACUCUAUGCUGGGGGACAGAGGAGAGAUCAUCGACCCGUUUGUGGAGGUGGAGAUCAUCGGCCUCCCGGUGGACUGCUGCAAGGAGCAGACCAGAGUGGUGGACGACAACGGGUUCAACCCGAUGUGGGAGGAGACUCUGGUGUUCACGGUUCACAUGCCGGAGCUCGCCCUCGUGCGUUUCCUCGUGUGGGAUCACGACCCGAUCGGCCAGGACUUCAUCGGGCAGCGCACCAUCGCCUUCAACAGCAUGAUGCCAGGCUUUCGCCACGUGUACCUGGAAGGUAUGGAGGAGGCGUCCAUCUUUGUUCACGUGGCGGUGAAUGACAUCACUGGUAAGGCCAAAGCAGCCGGCGGCAUAAAAGGACUGUUUCACAGACACCCAAAGCAGUCUUCCCUGGACAGCCAUGCUGCUGUGCACCACAGCCGUAAGCACCCGUUUGGCGCCCACCUCCUACGCCGUACCGCCAGCGCGCCCACCAGAGGUCAGCCCAAACCCAAGAAGGGCUUUCCAGAGAUCGCCAUCGACACCAAAGACUACAGCUCGGAGGGCGCCAGCGAGGAACGGGAGUCCGAGGACCGGGACAAGGCCUCAGCUGCUGCCGCUUACCAGUUCACGCCCCCACAACAUCGUAACGGCGAUUCGCUGGCCUCCCACCAAGCCAAGGGCCCCUGGGACUGUCCUGACACUAACGGAGCGUUUCACCCAGAGGAGGGUAAAGGUAAGGGCUCGUCUUUUGAUCAGCGGCGACCCAUGAGUGAGCCUCUAAAACGGGCCAGUCGUCUCUGUUUUCACGACCCGCUGGACAUGAAGCCAGGGGUGUUCGCCCGAGUGGCGCUCAGUAGCACAGGGAGGGUGGGGAUGUCGUCCAACUGCAUCAACUGCGUGAUUGGCUCCAAGGAAAGUCCAGAGUCCGAGAGAAAGAGCCGGGUUGUGGAAACGCAAGAAACCGAGUACAGGCAGACAGGCAUGGAAGUCCAAAAGAGAAGUGAGCCUUCCUCAGCCAAGAAACGAGCCCAACCGGAACCAGCUACCGAGCCUCAGCACCAAGACACCCAGCCAGACUUGCAUCUGGCCCAGCCUAAACCCAAAUCCUGCAUGGAAGCCCGGUUUCAGUACUCGCCCCAGGCUGUCCUUAGACCCAUGCCUUUCCCCAGAUCUAAAGCCAGACAGACUCUGGGUCCCCAACACUUAAGACCACAUCCAGAAACCUCCCACAGGAGCGUUCGGUCCUGCAGCGUCCCCCGCAGACGCUCCCCCAACGCCAUUACACCGGCGCCGUGCGUCACCCCGGACUGCAGGACCAGCCUCUGUUGGCAGCAGGUCACACCCCCCAACUACGGGGCCGUUUGCGGCUCGUUGCUGUCGCCGCUACCAAACUCGAAGUUGAACGAAGCUCUCCUGCUCAGCGACAGCAGCAGCUGCGACAGCUUCGGCAGUCUGAACAGCUUGGAGUCGCCUCCGAUGCUGCCGCCCCGCUCCGUCCUCGACAGCCGCAAGAGGGCGGUGGGUACUCUGCAGCGAGAGAUGAACGCCCUGUUCGUCCAGAAAAUGGAAGAGCUGCACCAUAAGUCUCCCAUGUUUUUUGCUGACUGUUCCUCGGUGCAGAAACCGGCCGCCCCUCCUCUGUUUCCUGCUCUUCAAGCUGAAGACGACGGUUGCAGCCGUUCCGUCUGCUCAGCCUCCACUCCAAAAGACAAGCCGUCUUCACAUCAGUCUUUUUCCACACCUCUGCACUCACAGUCGCCAAUAAUCGCCUCCUCACCGGCUGCUCCUUCAAUUGUUGUGUACAGUCCGACCAACGGGACCGGAGAGCUCAAACCCCCAAACUUCCCCAAACUGACUGCUGAGAAAAUGGAACUGUCCCCACACGCUCAAGGUACCACGACAAGCCACGGAGCUGCAAUGGAAACAAACCGUGAAACUUCUGGACCAAAGACGACCGGCCACGGAGCGACGCCCCUCAGUGAAACCACAUCCCUUAGAACCCCGACAGUCCCUGCAGCACAGCCACUCCAGACCAGGAGAGCCCUGUUUAACCCGUCAAAUUUACCAGUAAGACGAGCAAAAAGUGACGGACAUGCUGGGGUCGAUGGAGCUCUCGGUCAGUCAGCGGUACCAGAGGUCUGUACGGAUGCUACCAUGAACGAUCGCAUUUGGAGGAAACUGGAGCCCGGCAGCCACAGAGACAGCAUGUCCUCCUCCUCCAGCAUCUCCUCGAACGACACAGUCAUUGACCUCUCCCUUCCUAACCUAACUGGGAAGACUCUCUCUGCUCUGCCCAAUCCCAGUACCUACCGCGAACCUCCCUGGGUCACCCGCCGGCGCUCUGUGCUGGGCUCCUGCGACACCCUGCGGGUCACCAAGAGCAAGUCAAACCCCAAUCUUCAGCAAAACAACUGUUCUGUAGACGAGUUUAAGCCCCGCCCACUGCAUCCAGAUCAGGAAGGCUCACUGGCUCAGAGGAGGCACACCUGGUGCCGGCUGUACAUGGAAGGACUCAAACAGGCUUCACCCAAAAGGCCGUCCACCGCAACUCCGACCUCCGCUACCGGAUCUUUAAUGUCCAAAAGCCUCGGGGACUUGACCUCUGACGACAUCUCCUGCAACUUUGACAGCAAGUACCGCAGCAUCAGCCGCAGCUUCAUCGUUCGGUCCUCCAGGGACCAGCUCCGUAAGGGCAGCCUGCUUAAGUCCAGACCUCAAAGCGACCUGACAGAGCAGCUGCGUAAGCUGACCGACGUGGAGCCCCUAAACCCCAGUGACUUUGCCCCAGAAAACCAGCCCAAAGACUCCCCAGAGGACAGUCCUGAUGAGACCCUGGUGCGACGGACCUCCUCCAGGAGCCAAAGCAGGGUGCGCUACAUAGCAAACAGGGCCAGGAAGGCCCAGGAGAGACAGAGGCUGCAGUGUCUUAUCCAGGGCCGGAGUGCUAGCUUUAGUCAUACUGGUAGCAUUGGGAGUAGUCCCAUUGAAGAGAGGGGGAACCCUGAGGGGGCAUGCUCCGUGGCCCACAGUCCCUGCAGCAGCCUGGACCUUCUGAGUCAGCUAACCCCCCCUGAAGCCCCGCCUGCUCUUCAGCCUCGGUCUGGCCCGGACUCUGAAAACAGUGAACUCUUUUUCGUGCUCCAACUUUAAGAACCAAGAGACGCAGCUAAUUUAAUUAAUUUUUUACUGCAGAACAUCCGACAGAACUGUUCCUUUGAGUC